AUGGCAUCUAGCAAGGGCGCAGACGCCUCCACGGUUCCUGUCCUCAAAGAUCUCACAAUCGAAAACAUCACCGAGAAUGUGCAUCGAAUAAACUCGCAAUGCGCAGACCCGCGCCUCAAGUACGUCAUGGAGCGUCUGGUGUCGCAUCUACACGACUUCGCACGCGAGACGCGCCUGAGCUUCGAUGAGUGGAUGGCAGGCAUACAGUUCCUUACCCAGGUAGGACAAAUAUGCACAGACGUGCGACAGGAAUUCAUCCUUCUUUCAGACAUUGUCGGCCUCUCUCUCCUCGUAGACUCUAUAGACCAUCCUAAACCGGCCUCCUCCACCGAAGGCACAGUCCUCGGUCCGUUCCACACGCACGACGCACCCUCUGACUCCAACGGCACCUCCAUCUCUGCCGAUCCCGACGGCGAGUCCCUACUCGUCCUCUGCACGGUCAAAACUACGAACGGCGAGCCCGUAUCAGACGUCAAGAUCGACGUUUGGGAAACAGACUCCAAAGGCAAAUAUGACGUGCAGUAUGAGAACAGGGGUGACAAAGCAGAUGGCCGUGCGGUUAUAAGGAGUGACAAGGAUGGCGUAUUCUGGUUCAAGGGUAUCGUACCCGUACCGUAUCCAAUUCCCAACGACGGGCCUGUUGGCAAGUUGCUUGAGAAAUUGGGUAGGCAUUGCUGGAGGCCGAGCCAUAUGCAUUUCAUGUUUGAGAAGGAGGGUUUCGAUAACUUGGUUACGGCAUUAUACGUCCGUGGUUCCGACUACGAGACCUCCGACGCCGUCUUUGGUGUCAAGGAAUCUCUCAUUGUCAGCUUAGAUACCGUAACAGCUGAACAGGCCAAGGAGUAUGAUGUCAAGGAAGGAUCAAAAUUGCUCAAAUACGAUUUCGUGUUGGUAACGGAUGAAGAAACGAAGCAAUUACGACAUGACGAAGCGGUAAAAGCAAUGAAGAUGUUGGGACGGGAGGGAAUGAUGAUAGUCAAUGGUCUGCCCGUACCUGAGGUCGACUAG